UUCUGUUAUAGUUAUUUAUAUAAAAACAGGAAGAAGGAAUGAGACCGCUAAGUUGUAAUCAUAUGCAACCUAUCAAACGAUCUGAGGCCAAAUGAGAGAAGGUAUCUCUAAUCAAGCCUCAAGAGUAAAUAAGAUAAUGCAGGUUGCAAAACUUCAUUGUGGUAUUGAUGACUCCUUGUUGUCUAAAUAAUGGAUAUAAUUGUAACUUGAAUUCGACGUCAUUCAGGACAUUUGUGGUCUCCUUCACAAGUGAUUAAAGUUUGAAGAUUGGAGAAAAGGAUGGGUUUAAUAAACUCUUAAAGGCUCUUUCGUAAAUGAAGGCAAGGGUCCUCCAGUUCGAGCAAUAUCUCUCUGUUAAUCAUCUGGCUUGGGGUAAGAUGAUGGAGAAGUAUUAUAAUGAUGGAGAUUUCAUAAAUACUCAUGAAAAUAGUGGAAAUGAAGACUAUGAAGUUUUUAGAGUUAGGCAUAAAUACUCUCAAUCUGUCUCAUAUGGGGUCAGGAAUAAGCACCAUUUUAAUCCUAAUGAAGCCCCAACUAUCACUGAUAUAGUCCUGAAGAUGAUAUUUACAGCCAAUAAAAGAGAAAGGGAUGCGAAACCUCUGACACUAUCUCACCCAGAAAGAUGCAUAAUAUAUGUUGGAGCAGGCACAUUUAUGUACCUUGGUGCCUGAAUGUCAAUGCCUGGCAAACCCAGCUUGGUCCUUAAGCAUGGAGUCAAAUACGGAACUUUCAAGAGAGAAUAUGACUUACCAAAAGCAGAGCCCGAAUAAAGUUUUGGUCAAGGUCUAGCAGAAUUUGUGGCUUUGAGAUUUUGGGUUUGCUCGUAUUAGCCACUUUUUGGUUUUGAAUAAGGGCAAAUUUGAGAGGUUUAGAAAGCUCUUGAAUAAAGAGCUGGAGGAGCUAAAACAAUGCAAAUUUAUAAUUUUGCUUAGAAAGUCGGCAGGGAAAAGUUAUGUCAAUUUCUGACAGUUUUUGCAUUUUAGUAGAAAAUAGACCAGAUUUUUGAAGUCGAUUUCAAAUAUUUUGGGGUGCUAGAGAUCUAUAAAAUUUAAUACUAUUUUGUGAUUAUCAUGGAUUAUAUAUAAGAAAUACCUUCCUGAUUUUUCCAAGCCUGUGGCUUCCUGUAAGGUUUGUGGCAUAAUUGAUUGCCAAUCACACAUAGUCUAUAUAUUUACUAGGCAGAUUUAAUUUGUAAACACCUCUAUUUCAGUGACAAUGAGAUAUCCCCAACACAGCUACUCUAAACUUGCCUAUCUUUGGUUAAAAAAUUUUGAAGUAUGAAGAUUAGGUAUGAAAAUCAAGAAUGGGUAUUAUCCAUCAAGCAAAGAUACAUAAGAUUGAAAUAAGAGGAUAUAUUUAAAACCAAUUAAGAUAU